AUUCCCUGGGAUACCAAAACCACUAGGCUAGACAACACCAGCAAAGCCAGCUUUCCUUUUCUUUCUUGUCUUAAAAUCAUAAAAUCGUCACUGUCCCUAUCUUCUCUUCUCUUUUUUCAAUUCAGAGCUACCCAAAUUCACAGUAACAAAUUAUGAAAUUCUCCUAAAACAUCAAAAACCCUAAAUCAAAUCAGUUUCUGAAUUCAAUUUUUGAUUAAAAAGAUGGUUUCUUUAGAAGAUUCACAUUCAAAUUCAAAUCGGUUUCCGUUACCCCGAACCACCGCCACCACCACCUUCUUUAACCUAUCUUCAGUCACCACCAACUUAAAGAACAACCGCCAUGUCGGCCGUUCAAUGCGUACGGUCCGCUCCAACAUGUACCAAAACUACAGCAGUGGUAACAGUUGUUGCUCUUUCACUACUGCCACCGACAACAACAACCACUCGCCGUACGUCUCCGAGAACUUGACCGACUCGGUCAUGGAUAUGCGCCUCGGUGAGCUCGCUUCCCGGAACAUCAACACCAUCAACCAUAGUAUGAUGGAGAAAUCAGGUAAAUCGUCUUCCGAUGAGGAUUUUCUUGAUAUUUCUCAUGCUUUCAGCGAUUUUUCGGCUUGUAGUAGCGAUAUCUCUGGUGAAUUACACCGUCUUGCUUGUUUACCGUCCCCUGAAAAUGAACCCAGAACUGAAAACUCCGAACCGGAUGAACCGGAACCCGAACCUUGUAUAGGGUUUCUACAGAGAGAGAGUUUUUCUACUGAGAUUAUUGAGAGUAUUUCACCGGAGGAUCUCCAACCGACAGUCAAGAUCUGCGUAGACAGUCUCCAGUCGCCGUCUGUUGCUGUUAAGAGGUCGGCAGCGGCGAAGCUUCGGCUUCUUGCGAAGAACCGGUCAGAUAAUCGCGCGUUAAUUGGCGAGUCGGGGGCUAUUCCGGCUUUAAUUCCGCUUCUUCGAUGCAGUGAUCCGUGGACGCAAGAACAUGCGGUAACAGCGUUGUUGAAUCUUUCGCUACAUGAAGGAAAUAAAGGUUUGAUUACGAAUAAUGGGGCCAUUAAAGCUUUGGUUUAUGUGUUGAAAUCGGGUACUGAAACCUCCAAGCAAAACGCAGCUUGUGCUUUGUUAAGUUUAGCAUUAGUAGAGGAGAAUAAAAGCUCAAUUGGUGUGUGUGGAGCUAUACCUCCCUUAGUUUCUUUACUAAUUAGCGGAUCGAGUAGGGGGAAAAAGGAUGCCUUAACGACUCUGUACAAGCUUUGUUCGAUUAAGCAGAAUAAAGAGAGAGCGGUGAGCGCUGGAGCUGUGAAGCCGCUUGUGGGUAUGGUGGCGGAGCAGGGGAAUGGGAUGGCAGAGAAAGCCAUGGUGGUUUUGAGUAGUUUGGCGGCUAUAGAAGAAGGGAGAGAAGCAAUUAUUGAAGAAGGGGGACUUGUAGGGCUUGUUGAGGCCAUUGAAGAUGGGUCUGUUAAAGGGAAGGAAUUUGCUGUGCUUACGUUGUUGCAGUUGUGUGCUGAUAGUGUUCGCAAUCGCGGGUUGCUUGUUAGAGAAGGUGGAAUUCCUCCUCUUGUUGCGCUUUCACAGACUGGGACUGUUCGUGCUAAGCAUAAGGCUGAGACGCUUCUUGGAUAUUUGAGAGAACCAAGGCAGGAGGCUUCAUCUUCCACUCCAUAAAGUUCUCUUCUCCAAAAGAACAAGAAAAAAAAGGUAAUUACUGAUUAGACCGAGUGUUUGGUUGUUCUUGAUAUGUAUAUAGGGAGUGUUUGUUGUUCAUUUGUACAGUGUGGCUCAUAAAUUUAUGGAGAAUGUCGAAUCUAUUGCAAUUAGGGUAUGCUAGUGAGAAAGAAACUGACUUAUUAGAUGUAUGAUGAGUUUAUGAUUAACUAGGUUUUUGGGUCUGUA